AUGUCUCUUGCUUCUUGUUCCAAAGUUUGCAAGUAUGAUGUUAUUUUAAGUUUUAGAGGUCCAGACACGCGUAAGACCUUUGUGAGUCAUUUGUAUAAUGCGUUAGAACAACGAAGAAUUAAUGUUUUUAAAGACGAUGAGCUGUUGGAACCAGGAAAAUCAAUUCCUAAUAAACUAGUGAAUGCUAUAGAAGAGUCCAAAUUUACCAUUGUGAUAUUUUCCGAAAAGUAUGCAUCAUCAAGAUGGUGCUUGGAGGAGCUUGCACACAUCAUAAAGUGUCGAAAUGAAUUGGAUCAUAUUGUGAUCCCUAUUUUUUAUGAUGUGAGUCCAUCUGAUGUAAGCUGCCAUCAGAAUUCACCGUUCGCUGAGUCAUUUUUGCAAUACGAGGAAAUGUACAAACAUGAUUUGGAGAUGGUUCAAAGAUGGAGGGGUGCAUGUAAGCAAGCUGGGAAAAUAUCAGGAUACCAUUUACAAGAGUGCAAGUUAGCUUUCUUUCUUUUGCCCUUUUUGCUUUUCUGUCAAUACUUUGAUUUGCUGCACUUGAACUGA